UUGUUUGUGAAGCUAAUUAUAAGAUCAUUCUAAACAUGUUUCUUACUUAUGGCUAUCUUCAAAAGCUUCAAAGCUCCAAACAAACUGAAAACAGAGCCAACUUGCGAGUUUGGUUACCGGAGGGCAUUUACUUACUUAUAUAGGGCUCUCUCACCAACAGUUUGAAAACAGUACUAGAAAUAUACCCAAAGGUGCGUCAAUAUGACUGAGGAAAGUUUCAAUGACGACGAGUUGACCCCUCCGGAGUGGCUGAACGUUCAGUUCAUGACUCAGGUGUUGAGUGGUUACGAAAAGGAUUCGAAUCUGAAGGUCACCAACUUGAGUUUCACUCCGGCCAGUGCCAAGGGCGAUCGCGCUAAGGUGGAAUAUACGGCCCAGAGGGGUAACUUCACCAAGUCGCUUAUCAUAAAAACUAUGCCCGUGGAGGAGGGUGUUAAAAAGGAUAUGUUUAAAGAUUCCCCACUAUUCACCACUGAGAUCGGAAUGUACACUAAGGUCCUGCCCGAGUGGGAGAGGAUUCUCCGAAGAGCAAAGGAUCCUGCCAAGCUGUAUGUGCAAUGCAUCUACCACAGUCUACAGCCACAACAGAUUAUCAUCUUCGACGAUCUCGUCGAGAUGGGAUAUGCAGUUUUGCGUGAUCGUUUCCUCACACGGGAAGAAAUCUGCAGUGCCUACUCCAAGUUGGCCAAGAUCCAUGCAAUCAGUAUGAAGUUUAUUCACGAGUUGGAUUUAGGUGAUAUGAUGCACAAGGAAGAAACCCGGAAAACACUGUAUCACCUAGAUGAUUUUAUAGAAGAAACCAAAUCAAUAUUGGGCAGAUUCCAGAAAUCGGGAUAUUUUAACGACUUGUAAUAAAAUGUCCCAUUUAAAUAUAUAAAUUAUUUGCAAGCUUU